UUAUGUUCCCUUUCGGAUGAUGAGGAAUUGGAAGGUGGCAAGUAUUAUGCAAAGUCUUCAAAUGGAAUAGACAAUCCAGGUCUUAAUGUUUCUCUAUAUUCCUUGCAAAAAGAUCCUGAACAAAAACAUUCAAAUGACACAUUAACCUUAGAGAAAAAUGGUGGCUUGAAAAACUUCCAUCCAUCAGUGAAAUGGAGGGACUUGGGAAACUUAGAAACAAGAAGUAAUCCAGAGAUAAAUCACCAACUGGUGAAAAAAAAAUUGAUAAUGAUGAAAAAGAAUUCCACUGCCAUGGAAGCUGAGGAUGUACAGCAAAAUGAGAAAAUUCCCCUGAAGCGGAGGCUAUCUCUUGGUGAUAUCCCAAUGACAGAAAUUAAUAGCAAGCACCUUUUAACCCCAGAUGAAUGUUUCUAUAUUGGGAGAGCUGAAUCUACUGCCAGAAUGACUAAUUCAGAAGCUAAUUCUGUAUGUCGUCAUCGGAUUCGAAUAACUGAAGUGGUGCCAUCAAACAGCAGUAUAAUAGAUGGUCGUGAGCCAGAUUGGAGAUUGUCAUUACAUCAGUUUAGCUCCAAGAAACAGAACAAAAAAGAAAGAUCAAAGUUUUCAAAACGUAUUCGGUCAUACUAUAAAGCUCAGGAUGAACUUAUAGGGGCAUUUGAGGACAUACAACUGGGUGUGGAUGAAGAUAUGGAUGAUUCUGAGGAAGCAAAACAACUGCUGAAAACAGCUGGCUUGUAUGCUAAAAUAACAUUCCUUGCAAAUCUGGUACUAUUGGCAGCUAAAGCAGUUGCUGCCUUUUUAUCAGGGUCUAUAUCUAUCAUAUCCAGUUUGGUUGACAGUGUCGUAGACUUGUCAUCAGGAGUGAUUAUCUGGGUUACUGGUAGAGCCAUACGACAAAGGCUUCCAUAUGUAUAUCCUCAAGGUCGUACCAAGUUGGAACCAAUAGCUAUUGUGAUAUUAUCAGUUGUGAUGAGUUUAGCAUCCGUCCAGUUGAUCAGGGAAUCAAUAGAGAAAAUCAUUAAUUUAACAACAGGUGACAGCAAACCACCAACAGUUGAUAUCGCUACCAUAGUAAUUACUGCCUCAGCCAUAGUAAUAAAGUUUGUAUUGUGGUUAGUAUGCAGACGUGUAAAGACACCAACAGUUCAAGCACUGGCACUUGAUCAUCGGAAUGAUGUUUUGUCAAACGCUGUGGCCCUGGUGUGUGGAUAUGUAGGGUCCCAGGAAUUAUUAGAUAAGACUGGUGAAAAGGGAUUAAUUUAUGUGGACCCUAUCGGAGCAAUAGUUAUAUCUAUUUAUAUAAUUAUAAACUGGUGGAUCACUGGAUAUGGUCAGAUCAAGAUGUUGACUGGACAUACAGCCAAACCUGAUUUCCUGAAAAAAUUGACUUGGAUUUGUGUGAAUCAUCAUCCAAAAGUUCAAUAUGUAGAUACUGUGAGGGCAUUCCAUUUUGGAAAUAAUUUCCUCGUGGAAGUGGACAUUGUUCUUCCAGAGGACAUGACUCUCAAAGAAGCCCACGACAUUGGAGAACCCCUUCAACAAAAGCUGGAAAGACUGAAAGAAGUGGAAAGAGCGUUCGUUCAUUUGGAUUAUGAAUUUGAACAUAACCCAUUGACUGAACACAAGAUGGCCUGAAUGGAUAGAAAUCUCAUAUUUUUAAUGUAAACAUGAACUCAACAGUAUUUAAACAUUGAUAGUGUCUUAUAUUUAGAAUUGUCAGUAGUUUAGUAAAUAGGCAGAGUUUUAGAUUUAAGGGGGGAAUUCAACAGUAUUUAAACAUUGAUUGUGUCUUAUAUUUAAAAUGUGUCAGUAGUUUAGUAAAUAAGCAAAGUUUAAAAUACAUGAACAUAAAUCAAAUUUUAGACUGAAAGUAAAAAAUCAAAGUUAUUUUCAAAAGUUUAAUUAAACUUGAUGUGCAAAUAUACGAAUAACAUAAGCUCUGAAGAUCUUUUGAAUAUACUACUUAAUUCAAUACAGUACAUUUAAGGCAAAAAAAAUUAACAUUAAUAUAACAAUACAAACAUAAGAACUUUAAAUACUGCACAUGCACUGUUAAAGACAGAAAUGUAUGCUUGUGCUGACUGCUUCUGUUUAUAUGCUCUGACUUCCUACUUAACCGAAAAAAACAACAUUAUUUUUCCAAAACGUCUUUCAAUUGAAUUGAUCUAUUGAAUAGUAAUUUUUAAUGUAAGAUUGAAACUGGCAAAUUUUUUUUCAUUACUGUAAUAACUAGCAAACAAACAAAAAAAAACCAAAGAAGCAAGAUUUUAGAUAUCAGAUUCAUUAAUGUCAUAAGUUAGAUUGAGAUUGCCAAUUAAAAGUUUCUUGUUCAGAAAUUUCCAUCAUUAUCCAAUCAGAAUCGACAUUUAGAUAUAGUUAUGUUGUGGUGCUUCAUAACUAUUUAUAUUAUUGUGUAAUAAUUUGCAUGGAUCUUGUUAAUAUACAUGAGCCAUGAACUAAAGCUUUUAUUAAAUAUAACAUCACUUGAAUUCAGAAUUAUUCAUAGCCACAAAACCAUUAUUCAUAAAAAAUUUCAAUAAAUUUUACAACAAAAUUUUGUCUCCAUAAAAAGAAAUACAUCUACAGUAAGUCAUUGCAAACUUCAGCCUGUUUCUUCUCUGACUGACAUUCCAAAUACACUUAAAUGUACAUAUAUAUGUAGUAGAUAUAUUAGAGUAGAUGUGAUUUUAUUUUUAGCCUUUUUAGAACUUAACUUAACAUUAAGUAGUACUGAUGAACUCCACGUACUUAAAGCAUACAAAUACGUUUAGACUUACUUUUCCUUUUUUUUUUUUUAAAGAUUUCCUAAAAUAUCAUAGCUAUCUACUCUCAAUGAAAUGUCCAUUGUCAUCUACUCUCACUGACAUUUAAAAUAAACUAAUGUACUUAUAAUGAAGAAAUAUUAACAUAGAUAAGAUGUGAUUUAUUUCUAGUCUUUUUUAACUAGACCUAACAUUGUGUUGUAUUGAUGAACUCCACAGUGUUUAUAAAUGUAUAUAUUAUUUUUUUUUUUUAAUUGUAUAAGGUUGGUAUGACCUUUUUUAUUGAAUUAUAGUAUCCUGAAUAAAGAACUGACACUAUUCAGAUACAACUGAAUACAAUUUAUUCUCCUUCCUUAGGAGCACCACUGGUUUGCUGCAAUGCAGCAUACAGAGCUAUGAUUAGUAGUACUGAGUCCCCUUCAUAAUUCUAUGUUCAUUUGAAAGUUAUAUUUGUCAUUUUAAUUUAUGAAGCAACACAGGUUAUAAAUAAUCAAGUGUUUUAUGACUUGAAGCAUACAAAUUCAAAAUCCUGUUGUGACAUCAAGCCCAUGUAUCUUAUGUUUUGCUGGAAUUAAAACAUGCUAAACUGUUAUUUACUUUUUAUCAUAGCUCAGUAUUGUAGAGAACCAGUACCUCCCCCUUGGAAGGGAAAGUAACUAGCAUCAAACUGUAAUCUCAAGUUCAAUUCAGGAUACAGAAAAUUAUUUAUUAUUAUUUAAAGGAACUAAUCAUGAAGCAUUUAAAAUAUGUCACUAAUUAUUUAGUGUAAUGAAACAGACAGGUAAAAAUAUAUUUUACAUUCCAGGAUUUUUUGUUUCAAAUUUAUUGUUUGA